GGGCUGCGCGGCCCCGCGGCCGAGGGCGCGGCCCCCCCGGCGGCCCCACCGCCAGCGGCGCUCCGGGGGGACCGGACGCCUCAGCGGGGAGCGCUCAACCCAGCAGAGCCCAGCAUAGAGCAGUCCUGGCUGUCUGAGAAGCUCUUGGUGCAGGCAAUGGAAGAAUGCCAGCUCGCAGCAACUGAGGAUCUGGUUCCUCUUUUGUUCUCAUCUAUUUGUGUAUGGACCAUGCUGAAACCUGCCAGCAAUAGGCAGAAACCAGUGGAGUUCUUAUGAAGAAAAAUCAUCAGUGAUGCUGCUACAGGACAGGUCUCACAUGAGGGUCCUUCAUAUGAAGGGCAGCUCUCUACUUCUGUAGCUGAUGAGUGAGGACAACAGCUCAGUAGAAGGAACUACCAAGAGCUGUCAGGAUGAGUUACAGCUCACCCCUUGUGCAUGACUUGUAUCACAGCACCACCACCACAGCCAAGCCAGACCCAGGGGCAGGUCUGGAUGUGACUGUACCAGAAACAGCUACCACAAGCCCUGAGACUACCAGUUUCAACAGUACCAAAAUCCCAGAUGUGGCCAGCACUGGACCUGGCAUGAGCACAAUGCUGCUGUCCUUUGGGAUCAUUACUGUGAUUGGGUUGGCUGUAGCUAUGGUGCUGUAUAUCAGGAAGAGGAAGAGGUUGGAGAAGCUACGGCACCAGCUUAUGCCCAUGUACAACUUUGAUCCCACUGAGGAACAGGAUGAGCUGGAGCAGGAGCUGCUGGAACAUGGGCGAGAUGCAGCAUCUUCCCAGGCAUCACAGAGCAAGAUCCUGCUGACAAGUCAAGGAGCCCUCCAGAGACCCAGCCGCCUCGUCUUCACAGACGUUGCCAAUGCCAUCAAUGCCUGAGCAGUUCCUGUCCCUGUCCCUGUCCCUGCUCCGGGAUCGCACCCAGACCGGGGAGGACGAAGCCAACAAAGCAGCGACUUCCCUCAAGCAUGGCCAACCCACAGAGCCCAGCUGCUCACCCCCUUGGUUUGUGGCACAAGCACUGGGAACUGUUGUCACUUUGGGAAACAAACCCUUUGUGAUGGCAGUGGUGAUUUUGGGGGGCAUCUCUUACCACUAAGUGGUCCUGAGCUCCAGUGUCUGGGCUGGUUCUGACUGACAGCGUCAAUCAACUGCGUGGAGCAGUGCCUGCUUUGCUGUAGAUGAACUUGUCAGAGCACACGUGCACACUCUGUGGGACAGGGAGGGAGGAGAGGUGAGUGUUUCAGAGAUCUUCCCCAUUGGCUUUGUGCCACCAGACCCCAAGGAAAGCAAUGAGACACCACCUCUGCACAGGGACCACACCUUUGGCAGAUACCAGAGGGGUGACUGGGGGCAAAGCCCCUUUGAGCAAGGAGAGCUGACUCCCCUAACUGAGGGGUAACCUGGGGCACACCAGGGAACACCUGUACCAUGGGUUUAUCCCCCCUGUGGCAUGUGGGCUGCUGAUAAAUGUGCAUAUGGGGUGAUGCUGAAGCACAGGGAAUACAAAAGUGAAAUAAUGAACAUUUAGAUGAUUACAUCUUAACUGAGGAAGUGGCUGAAUAUCCCAAAUUAGGGCUGCUGCAUAGACAGAAUUCACACAACUAGAGGCAGGGAGUGUCAAUGUCAGGACUCCCUGCCACUGAGCUAGGAAUAAUUGGGCCACAGAUAAGAGUAGAGUAGAACUGGGGUUCAGAUACCAUGUAUAUCCCCCUCCUGCUUUGGCUCAGGGAAGUUUCUACAUUGCAGAGUAUUAUUCAGGAAAAAAAAAUUAAGCCCUGAAGUACUUUAUUUUAAAUAUGGAAAAACAUGUAUUGGCUCAACAUUACAACAGCCCCAUGUCUGCCCCCAGAGGUGACUGAGCAGCUGGUUCAUACUACCUUACCUGCCAGGACCUGCAGGCAGAGCCUUCCUUUGUUCCUGCUGGAGAAAAUACAGAGCUUUGUGUUAGCCUCUGCACCUGCCAAUGCAGAAGGUGGGGACAGUUAGGCCAGGAUUUUCCCUCUAACCCUGAAGCAUCUCUCUGCCUCUGCAUCCUUCAGGGCUGCAGGAGUGAGAGAGUGUGAAGGAGUCUCUGGCCACCUUGGCAUGCUGCAGCCUGGGGACUGUCCUCUUCGGGGCCUUUUGGAGGCCACCAGCCCUCAGUGCUGCAGGCCAGGGAGCAGCAGUAGAGCCUGCACGUGAACAUCAGUGCCCAGCCAUGCUCUCAUUUUUUGGAGUACAUGCAUUUUAUCAGUCAGAUCAUAUUCCAACCUCAGCCCCAGUCAAAUGGGAGUCAGGGAAAGCCAAAAUUUGCAUGCAGAUCCUAAGGCAGGCUUUAUGAAAGGAGAUGUUUAACUGGGUGGCAGUUCAGGUAUCAUGUGUUUUGUUGCAAGUUAGGACCUGCCAGGUUUUUUCUUCCCCACUGUUAUUUUUCCCUCUGGUAUUCAUUAAGUGCAGACUCUUUCCUGGGCAUGUGCCACUGACCCCUGCAGUGCACAGUUCCUUAUCAGCCCUCCUUCCUUCCCUGGCACAGCUUCAUUCAUGGCAGUUUUGUGGGCUAAGUUGCUUUAAUUUUUCCAUCCCUCUUUAUUUCUAAAACCAGGGAGUUCUGGGAAUGUAUUAGGGCUAGGAGAGCCAUCACCAUGUAAAACAGCCUAUCCUUCAUACCCAAGAGAUCUGUCAGGAGGCACUCCCAGCCUGCUGUCUGCACUCCAGGGAUGCUCUUGGAAGGAGAGCACACAGGUACAAAUACUGCAGUAUGUCUUAAAUCCUUAGAAUUUGGACAUUAUCUGUGGGUAUUCCCAGAGGUUAUGCUUAUGGGACCAGCUAAGAAGCAAAUACAUCACCCCCCCACCACAUGCACACUUACCAUCCCCUCCAAGUGCUCACUGAGGGCAGGCAGGCACAGAGACAUCAGAUUUCUCCCUUUCAGCAGCUGGCACGUCACUGCCUGUCACACUCCCGAGCUCUGCAGCAGGACAGGGAUGCAGGCAGCACCAGGGGUGCAUGGCUGUCCUAAAUUGCAACAUUACCACUAGAGCUCCUAACAUUUGGACUUGAUUUGUUGUUUUAAACUCAAUAAAAGGCAAGCGUGAACUGAGCUGUUUCCUGAAACCAACAGCCUACUUUGUGCUCCUUACCCAACUCUGUGCUGCACGAGCAGUGCAUCUGUCAGCUCAGGUGCAAAAUCCUGUACCUUUUUCCAUGUUAAUGCUGAGAUCUAUCUUGUAUAACAAACACACCUGCAGAGGAAUUCUCUUUAACCAUUCUUCCUGCAACGAUAGGCUUUGUCCUGUGAUGACUGCCCUUAGAUUAACAAAGUACAGAUAAUAAGACUAAAAGAAUAUUAUGGGCAUUUGCUGGGCUUGCACUGGAGUAUUCUUUUAGUUCAAUAGCACCUCCUCUCACAGUUCUUGGAAGUGUAUGUACAAUAUAGCAGAGGCAUUAUGAUGUAAAUUAAUUCAAGUGUUUCUGUGUUUUAAGCAUUGAAAUAUAAUUAAACUAUUUACAUGAAA